AUGAAUUGUUAUAAUUUGACAGAAAUUCAAUUUCCAGAAGAUCUUACUGAUAUUCAUGACUACUCAUUCUUUGGAUGCAAAUCAUUAUUUAGUAUCGUAUUACCUAAGAAUCUGAUUAAACUAGGAAAAUAUUCAUUCUCUAACUGUUCAUCAUUACAAAAAAUUAACAUUGAAUCAAAUUGUUCAAUUGACUUAACAAGUUUCGAGAACGACAACAUGAUUGAACAUCUAAUUAUCUCAUAUCCUAACUCUGACAUAAUUAAACAAAACUCAUUCAGUCACUUGAUCAAAACGAUCACAUAUAAUUUGUCUAUUAAAGAAUAUCCAUCACUUUCAAUAUUUGAAUCUCUUGAAAACAUUAAUAUCUUUACUUAUGGUAAUGAAUCAAUUAUCAAAGAUAAUUUUAUCUCAUCAAAAGAAGUUAAUAUUAUUAUAAUCGGCAACAUUCAAAAGAUUGAUGACAAAUCAUUUUUAAACAGUCGUAUUAACAACUUUUUAUACUGUGGUGAUCAAGAAGUUGAAGGUAAUUUCCUUAUUGGCAGGCAUCCUCGAAAUAUCACCGUUUAUGAAUACUAUCCAAAAAGUAAAAUUGGCGAUGUUGCAGCCAGUAAGACAGGUAAAUGUAAUAACCUUCCUGGAGAUGUAAAACAUGGACUCACUAAUACUCAGUUAGCUUUAAUUAUUACAUUUAGUAUUAUCGUAUUAAGGAUACCCUUACGUGUCAGAUUUUUUGCGCAUACGAAGAAGUCAUGCUAG